CGCAGGGCUCGGGCGCAGGCAGCAGUUCCCGUGCCCCAGCGUCGUUGCUUCCUCCAAGCGGGCUCGGUGCGGCGUGGCUGGCGGCCGGAGCGAUGUGACCCGGGGCCGGCGGGCGCGGCGCGGGGUGGCGUGGGCUGCGGCCGGACCGCAGCGAUGUGGUUGAAGCCGGAGGAGGUUCUGCUCAAGAACGCCCUGAAGCUCUGGGUGACCCAGAAGAGCAGCUGCUACUUCAUCCUACAGCGGCGCCGCGGGCACGGCGAGGGGGGCGGCCGCCUCACGGGUCGUCUGGUAGGUGCUCUAGAUGCAGUGCUGGAUUCCAACGCACGGGUGGCUCCGUUUCGAAUUCUGCUGCAAGUUCCUGGGUCCCAGGUGUAUUCUCCCAUAGCAUGUGGUGCAACAUUAGAAGAAAUAAGCCAACACUGGGACUGGCUGGAGCAGAAUCUCCUGCAUACUCUGUCUGUCUUCGAUAAUAAAGAAGACAUCGCUAGUUUUGUGAAAGGGAAAAUAAAGGCUCUGAUUGCAGAGGAGACAAGCAGCAAACUUGCAGAGCAGGAAGAGGACCCUGAGAAGUUCCGAGAAGCCCUGGUGAAAUUCGAGGCCAGGUUUAAUUUCCCGGAGGCAGAGAAGUUAGUCACCUACUACUCCUGCUGCUGUUGGAAGGGCAGAGUGCCCCGCCAAGGCUGGCUCUAUCUCAGCAUCAACCAUCUCUGCUUCUACUCCUUCUUCCUGGGCAAGGAACUUAAACUCAUUGUCCCUUGGGUUGAUAUCCAGAAGUUAGAAAGAACAUCCAAUGUCUUUCUGACGGAUACAAUCCGAAUCACCACCCAGAGUAAGGAACGUGACUUCUCCAUGUUCCUGAACCUCGAUGAGGUGUUCAAGAUAAUGGAACAACUGGCAGACGUGACUCUCCGAAGGCUGCUGGACAAUGAGGUCUUUGACUUGGACCCUGAUUUGCAGGAACCAAGCCAGAUCACCAAGAGGGAUCUUGAAGCCAGAGCACAGAAGGAGUUCUUCCGAGCUUUCUUCAGGCUACCGAGGAGGGAGAGGCUGCACGGGGUCCUAGACUGCUCCCUCUGGACGCCGUUUAGCCGCUGCCACACUGUGGGGCGGAUGUUUACCUCUGAUAGCUACAUCUGCUUUGCUAGCAAAGAAGACGGCUGUUGCAACGUUGUCCUUCCACUCAGAGAGGUAGUAAGCAUUGAGAAGAUGGAAGACACGAGCCUGCUCCCCAACCCCAUCAUUGUCAGCAUCAGGAGUAAGAUGGCCUUCCAGUUCAUCGAGCUCAAGGAUAGAGACAGCCUGGUGGAGAGUCUGCUGGUGAGGCUGAAGCAGGUCCACGCCAACCACCCUGUGCAUUAUGACACCUCAAGAAAUGAAGACAUGACUUCACCUGUGUUUCAUUCAACCAGCAUGUGCAGUGAUCACAAAUUUGGGGAUCUUGAAAUGGUGUCUUCUCAAAAUAGGGAGGACAAUGAAAAAGAGAAGAGCCCACUGCUCAACCCCGAGGCCCUGAGAGCCAUCUCCCAGCAGUCAGGCAGCCAGAGCCCCGACUCCCGCAUGUCCAGAGAACAGAUAAAAAUAAGCCUGUGGAAUGACCACUUUGUGGAAUAUGGCAGGACCGUGUGUAUGUUUCGCACAGAAAAGAUCCGGAAGCUUGUCGCCAUGGGGAUCCCUGAAUCUUUACGCGGCAAGCUCUGGCUCCUGUUUUCAGAUGCUGUCACAGACCUCGCCUCGCACCCGGGUUACUAUGGGAAUCUGGUGGAAGAGUCCAUGGGAAAGUGUUGCUUGGUGACAGAAGAGAUCGAACGCGAUCUGCACCGCUCCUUACCAGAGCACCCCGCUUUCCAAAACGAAACGGGGAUAGCUGCUUUGAGGAGAGUGCUGACAGCGUACGCCCACCGAAACCCCAAAAUUGGAUACUGCCAGUCCAUGAACAUCCUGACCUCAGUAUUGCUGCUGUAUGCCAAAGAGGAGGAAGCCUUCUGGUUGCUGGUUGCUGUGUGUGAGCGGAUGUUGCCCGACUAUUUCAACCACCGAGUGAUAGGGGCUCAAGUGGACCAGUCUGUGUUUGAGGAACUCAUCAAAGAGCACCUCCCGGAGCUGGCGGGACACAUCAAUGACCUCUCCUCCUUGGCGUCUGUUUCUCUCUCGUGGUUCCUGACUCUGUUCCUCAGCAUCAUGCCUUUAGAGAGCGCGGUCAAUGUGGUAGACUGCUUUUUCUACGAUGGCAUCAAAGCCAUCUUCCAGCUGGGGCUGGCUGUGCUCGAAGCCAACGCCGAGGACCUGUGCAGCAGUAAGGACGAUGGCCAGGCCUUGAUGAUCCUCAGCAGGUUUCUAGAUCACAUUAAGAAUGAGGAGAGCCCUGGGCCGUCAGUCGGCAGCUACCAUGCCUUCUUCUCGGAUGACCAGGAGCCCUACCCUGUGACUGACAUUGCUGACUUGAUCCGGGACUCCUACGAGAAAUUUGGAGAUCAGUCUGUGGAGCAAAUUGAGCACUUACGUUGCAAGCACAGGAUCCGAGUUCUCCAAGGCCACGAAGACACCACAAAACAGAACGUGCUCCGUGUUGUCAUCCCAGAAGUCUCUAUUCUUCCUGAAGAUUUAGAGGAACUCUACGACUUAUUCAAGAGAGAACACAUGAUGAGCUGUUACUGGGAGCAGCCCAGCCCUGUGGUUCAGCGUCAUGACCCCAACAGGCCCUACGCAGAGCAGUACCGUAUCGACCACCGGCAGUUUGCAAACCUGUUUAAGCUUGUCUCGCCGUGGACCUGUGGCACCCACACGGAGAUCCUCGCAGAGAGGACCUUUAGGCUCCUGGACGACAACAUGGAUCAUUUCAUCGAGUUCAAAGGCUUCGUUGGCUGUCUGGAUAUUAUGUAUAAUGGAGAAAUGAAUGAAAAAAUCAAACUGCUGUAUAAGCUUCACAUCCCUCCAGCACUCACUGAAAAUGACCAAGACAGCCAGUCACCAUUGAAGAACCCUCUCCUGUCGACUGCAAGACCUCUGGUUUUGGGAAAGUCAAAUGGUGAUACAACUGAUUAUCAGAAACAGCUGAAGCAGAUGAUUAAGGAUUUAGCCAAAGAAAAAGAUACAAGUGAGAAAGAAUUACCCAAAAUGAGCCAGAGGGAAUUUAUCCAGUUCUGUAAAACUCUGUACAGCAUGUUCCAUGAAGAUCCGGAAGAAAACGAGUUGUACCAAGCCAUCGCCACGGUGACCACGCUCCUGCUGCAGAUCGGGGAAGUAGGGCAGCAUAGCAGCAGCUCCGGAAGCUGCUCCCAGGAAGCAGGGGAGGACCUGCAGGCUUCAGUGCCUUCUCCUGACCAGGACUCUGUAUUUGCUGACACUGGGACUAUGCCCCAGGACCCCCAAGCAUUUCCCGUGGAGGUGGGAAGAGAAGAAGAUUGGACGGUUUCUCUUGAACAUAUUUUAGCGUCGCUUCUGACUGAGCAAUCAUUAGUAAACUUCUUUGAAAAGCCACUAGAAAUCAAAUCCAAACUUGAAAAUGCCAAGAUCAAUCAGUACAGUCUCAAAACCUUUGAAAUGAGCCACCAGCCUCAGCCCGAACUGAAGCUGAAGAGCCUGUAGCGAGUGUGGCAGUUUGCUGUGGAGUACACUGGAGCCAAUAGACCAAAGCAAGGACCACAGGCUGUUUCUUGGGUUGUCCAUCCCUAUGUUUUAGGCUAGUUCCUUUGGGAGGACACUAUACAAACCAGGUAGCUGACAGCCAGGACUGUGGUCAGGGAAACAGAUGCAACCCUCAUAUAUUUCUAUUUAUU